GGGGUGUGACACUGGUCAUCGGAAGAAGGGAACCGGUGUUCAGGCAUGGCUUAUUCUGGACUCGACGUGCCACACUAGAUGGUAGAGGCCGAAAAACAUGCAAUCAUGAGACGCACGGGUUUACCCGCUCGAGAUCUUCGGAUAUUGGACCCGCUUCUGUCGUACCCGUCUACGAUUCUGGGUCGCGAAAGGGCGAUCGUGAUUAACUUGGAAAAUAUUAAGGCAAUCAUCACAGCGCAAGAGGUUUUGCUUUUGAAUUCUAAGGAUCCUUCGGUUACCCCCUUUGUUGAUGAGAUUCAGAGCCGAAUUUUGUGCCAUUUUCAAGCAACCAAAGUCCAGGAAGGUGCGGUUGAUGAUUCCAACUACAUAAUUCGAUCGAGUUCUCAAAAUUUGUCAUCAAGGUUUUCACAGCCUCAGAACCUGGAUGAUGAAGGUAAAUCAGAAGAGAAACAGAGUCUUGAGAACCCAAAUGGCUCCAAGAUUCUCCCAUUUGAGUUUGUUGCAUUGGAGGCAUGCCUUGAAGCUGCUUGUAGCUGCUUAGAAAAUGAAGUUAGUAACUCUCUCUCUCUUAGUUUGUCUGUGAACUUUUUUGUUACCAUCACGCUGUUUUACUCGUUAUGUUUUGGUUAUUGUUUUAUUCCGGUGCAGUUUUGUAUUUAA